AUUAUUAAAUCUUCAAUUUUUCUAUAAUACGAAACGAAUAAAUGCAAUCCGCCAUUUUUUUUCUCCUUCACGCAACCCAAAAUAUCAUUUUUCUUCGUAAAACAUUGUUCUAUAAUCAGUUCAGAACGUUAUAUAAAACUGCAGUGACAUAUAGUGCACCAGUCACAUUUGAUCAGUUUAAAAACCAAAAAAAGUUUAGUGAUGUACAAUCUGAAGUGAUGCGAUCUUUGAUGGACAGUCCGCGGCUAAAGGAACAGUUGCCUGAUGUGAAAAAUUGGAUAUCAAGGUUACUAGAUUACACACUGGAAGGUGGCAAACGGAGUAGAGGUUUGGUAGUACCAUUUGCAUAUGAAAUGUUGGAAGAUCCAAAACACUUCACAGAAGAAAACCUCCACAGAGCGCGGAUUUUGGGGUGGGUUGUGGAAAUAAUAGAAUCAUACGUCCUCAUGGUAGAUGAUAUCGUGGAUUCAUCACAAACUCGCAGAGGCAAGGAGUGUUGGCACAUACAUAGCGGUGUUGGAUUGGGAGCAGUCAAUGACUGUGGGCUCCUACUUGCCUGUGCCUUCGAAUUAUUGGAACUCUAUUUCGGAAAGGAAAAAAAAUAUGGUGAUUUAGUCAAAAUUACCAAUGGGACAGUAUUCCAGAUAUGUAUAGGCCAGCACAUAGACUGCUUAUAUGGAUACAGUAAAGAGAAGAACAACUUUGACAAAUUGACUAAGGAACACUUUGAUAACUUUACUCUUUUAAAAGCUGCAGUCUAUUCGUUUAAAUUGCCGAUGCUGUUAGCUCUGACUUUAGUAAAGGACAGGAGCACAACAUUUUCAGAAGAAGCGUAUAACAUAGAUUGGAAUAUAGGCAGACUUCUGCAGUUACAGAAUGACUACAAAGAUAUCUUCGUCGACGAUAUCAAAACAGGGAAGGUAGGCACAGACAUUCAAGAAGGUAAAUUAACCUGGUUUGCUGUAACAGCGCUGCAGCGCUGCACCGAAGGACAACGUGCCAUCUUCAAAGAAAACUACGGCAGUAAAAACCCUGAACAUGUAAAGCGUAUCAAGCAGCUUUUUGAUGAAUUAGAAAUGGAAAAAUUGUAUAAAGUGUAUGAACGUUCGGUUUAUGAAGAUUUAGUUCGUAGAAUUCGUAGCUUGCCGACUAGAGUGGAGUCACAGUUCCUUGCGCAAAUUUUAAAAGGGUGCUACAAACAUUUCUGCUGAUUGAUGCAGAGGGCUUCUUCAUUAGGGUGCCAAGGUCGUAAGUACCAGGGUCGGUCGCACCUAUUAGGUCGCGUAAAUAAGUUGUUAGGGCCUUAUGUUGAGAUGAAAUAUUGUUUAUCGAUACUUGGAACAUUAGUAGGUACUUAAUCUUACCUAUUUCGAUUGAGAUUGUAGAUUUUAAGUGAAUCAAAAUGGUUUAUUUACAUUAGCAUUACUAAUUAGGUAAAAUGGUAGAAAAUUAAGACACAAUUUAGAUAUUUAAAUUAUUAUUUAUUUAUACAAUUCCCGUGUACUUAGAAUCAAAUAUAAAUGACUACAUGCAAUAAAUAUAUGUACUUAUUUUUCCCUUGAUAUAUUCAUAAAGGAAUGUUAUUAAUAUUUUUUAAAUAUAAAGUACCGUAAUUAAUUAGUUAAAAAGAAAACAUAGGGCGCCAUCUAUUUCUGACGCGUGUCAACUAAGUUUAAAUGUGUUUUUUAUUACCUACUCGACAUCGAAAAGCAAAGAAUAUGUGUCAAAUACCUAGUUGCUACCUCUAUGAAAAUACCAAGGGCCUUAUAAUUCUCUAACAUAAAAUUAUUCAUUUAAUUGUAACGUAAUGUAAAUCAUACCUAGAAUAUGGUAAACAUUAAGAACCAAAAUAACAUUAAUUAUAUUCUUAUUUAUAAACUUAAACAAAUAUUUAUUUAUUGAAACUUGUAUAAAAAUACGAAAUAACUUUUCUCAUUAUAUUGGUUAUAUUUCAGUUGUAGAACAUAACAUAAGGUAUGUGUUAUACCUUCAAAAUGUAAAUAGAGUUUUAUAUUAUAAUAAUAAUUAUAUUUUGUUUUGUAGCAUUAUUGAGAAUUGAAAUAGUCGAAAUACCCAAAAAUACUUUUACGAACCACUCGACAAAAGAGAUAUUUUAUGAGAGACUAACCCGCGAACCUGCUAGGACAAUUCUGUGACUGUCAAUCAAUUCGAAAAAAUCAAAAUGAACUUGAUCGCGGGCCAUGUUGUUGUUCAGAACAGAAUCUUGACCAAUGAGGGGCGAGUAUGCGAUCGAGUUCACUUCAAAAGUUUGAAUUUAACAGUUAUAGAAUACCCUUACUG